AGGGUUAUUCUGUGAAUCAACGUGUUAAAGUUCUUAAUGUUGAUAGUAUUUGGUAUCCUGGCACAAUCAUUGCAAUGGACAAAACCAAAGUUAGAGUACGUUUUGAUGGUUGGGAUGCAAAAUAUGACGAAUGGGUAUCGAAGGAUAGUCGAAGAUUAAGAGUAAUGAGCGAUGAAGAAAUUCUUGAAAUACAGGAGAAUUCUUCACAAAAUAAUUAUGAAAUGAUUAAACAACACUUAAUUGAUAAAAUUGAAAAACGAGAAUCUAUAUCUAUUACUACAGUUACAGAAGAUCCUCAAACAGAUUUUUCGUUAAAAUCUAAGCGUACGAAAAAGAGGCCCACGAAAAAACAAACGAGUUCUGGUGAUAAUACAAAAAAAGUACGCGGAUCACCGAAAUUACAAUUGUCUCAAACAAAGAAAUCUAUUGAUCAUAAGCAAAAGAAAAAUAAUUCUCAUUCUCGUCCAAAAUCACCCACGAAUGUUGUUAAAAAAAAAUGCAAUUCUUGCGAAAACAUUUUUGAUAAAUUAGAGAAAGUAGGUGCUCUUGAAUUAUGUACAAAAUGUGUGCCAUUAUUUGCACCUCAAUUAACACGAAUCAAAGCAUUUGCACAUGACUUCACAUUAGACCAAAAAGUUCAAGUACUUAAUAUAGAUAAAAUUUGGUAUCCUGCAAGAAUAGUAAAUGUAGAAAAAUCCAGAGUUAAAGUUCACUUCGAUGGUUGGGGUAAAAGAUUUGACGAAUGGAUAUCUGUAGAAAGCCGAAGAUUGAAAGCCUUAUCGGAAGAUGAAGUAAAUGAAGUUCAAAAAGAAAAUCAUUUAUCAGAUGAUGCAGAUAAUAGGCAAAAUAAGUCUAAUCAAGACCAGAAUCAAACUAAAGCUUCCACGUCCGAGAGUUCGCCAAAAUUUGAUAGUGUUGAUGAUAAACCGAAAAAAGAUUCCGUAUGUUCUCGUGAUAUUGAUAAAGAACGUCAAUUGAACGCAUAUAAACUAAAGGAAAUAUUGGGUUCAGACUCUGAAUCCCUUAGUAGUGUACCAGAUUCUGAUUCUGAUUCUUUAAGUAGUUGCACUGAAUCAAUAUCAUCAUCAUCACUAUCUCUUAGCGCUUCCGAAUCACAUUAUAACUCUCUCAGUAGUUCUAGUGACGAUGAAUUUGAGGUAAAAAUGCCUAAAAUUAAAAGGACUGUAAGACAUAAUAAUAAUAAGACUCCGAUACGCAAGAAAAUUCUUCAAUCAUCCAAGGAAAAAAUAUGCGAAUCAUGUAAAAUUGCGCAUUUAAAUGUGCAAAGAAUAGGUAGUCUUGAUUUGUGUACUUAUUGUAGGUCACUUUUUGGUGAUGACGCUACGUUUCGUUUUAAACGUGGUGGUCAAUAUGGUUUUGAGCUUCACAAACGCGUCAAAGUACUAAGUCGUGACGGUGAAUGGUAUCCAGCUACGAUGGUAGAUGUUGAAGAUAGUCGUAUUCGGGUUCAUUUUGAUGGCUGGAGUGAUUAUUUCGACGAAUGGAUUCCAGCGGGAAGUCAGAGAAUGAGAGACAUGACACUUGAAGAAAUAAUAGAAGCACAAAAAGCACUGGAACAGUUAGAUAAGGAAACGCUUAAACAGAGAGAAAUAAUAUAUAAACCCCAAAAAAGAAGAAGAAGCAACUUGAAACGAACAAUACAGUCAUCUACCGUAACUCCAUUAAAUAGAGUAACAAAGUCAAUGGAUUCAACCGAAACAGCUAAUAAUAAAGUUGAUGUUGAUUCAAGUUUACCUGAUCAGCAAAGUGAUCAUUCGACAGAUUCUACAAUAUCAUUUGAUUGGAAUGAAUAUUAUAUCGGACGAGAUACACGUCGUAGCCUUCGUAAUGACAAAUUAUUAAGUAAUUCUGAUGUCCUUGCUAAGUUAAAAUAUCGUUUUAAGCCAGGAAACCAAAUUGAAGUACGAGAUAGAUUGAAGGAAUGGGUGCCUGCAACAAUCAUUGAAACUAAAGGUUGUAGAGUGCUAAUACACUAUGAUGAUGUCCCAGCAUUUUACGAUGAAUGGAUCGAUAUUAGCAGCGAAAGACUUCGUGAAAAAUGUGCAAAAAAUGAAAUUAAAGAAGUUGCAAAGAAUGUCAAAUCUGUAACGACUUCUUUGGAGACCAAAAAAGAUUUAAAGAAAAAGAAAGAUAAAGUUGAGAAUGAUGAUUAUCGUUUGGAAUUUGUUGUAAAUGGUGCACUUAAUGGAAGGUUGAUAACAGCCAAUGAUAAAUGGUGUAUAUAUUGCGAUCAAUGUAAUGUAGUAAUUAAACAAUUCAGGUAUUUUUGUACUUAUUGUGAGUCGCGAUCGGAGGGCAACGAUUAUAAAAGCUUUGAACUCUGUGUAUGGUGUUUCGCGCAUCAAUUUCCAAAUUAUCACGAACAUCCUCGUUGUUCUUUCGCCGUUCAAUCGGUCAUUGACGAUGAAGCAAUUAAAAUGUCUUCCAAGGGUGAAGUUGUUAAAACUUUUGAAAGAGAUGUUUUUGAUACUACAUAUAAAGAACCGGAAUUUGAUAUAACGAGCGACAAAAUGCCAUUGGAUACUGAUAUGGGAUAUCUUUAUUUACAAGCAUGGAAUAUGCGUAAGAUAUGCGGCUUUUGCAAUGACGAUGACACAAAUCAACUUGGUGGUUUUAUAGCUCCGUAUCCUUUUGUUUCUAAUACCUACACACGUUAUGGUGAAAAGCAAAAGACUUUUUGGUCUCAUUAUGCAUGCGCGAAAUAUUCGCCAGAAGUCUUUUUCACAAAAUCUAAUGAAUGGUAUAAUGUAACAUUAGCUUGGAAAAGGGGCAGAAGCAUGAAAUGUGGUAAAUGUAAGGAACGUGGUGCUACGAUCGGAUGUUUCGAACCUAAAUGUGCUAAAAGUUAUCAUCUUUCGUGUACGGAUAAACCGCUUUCACAUUUUGAAAUGGGCGUUAUUUUCUAUUGUCCUAGUCAUGAAGCACGUUAUAAUCAAAAAGAAUUAUACAAUGAAGUUUAUCGAUGUGAUGUGUGUUCAUGUGAAUUACAAGAAGACAAAUGGAUGACAUGUAGACCAUGCGAAUCAAAUUUUUUCUCAUCGUUUGAUUUGUGUCUACAGUGUUUUGAAGUAAAGUUUCCUGAACACGAGCACAAAAAAGAUGAAUUUGAAGAAACAUCUGUCAAGAAAAUCAAAGAUGCUCAAAUCACAAAACAAGCAACACUUGCUGUUGCAAAUCAAAAAGCUCGUAAUGCAGGAAUGCGGAAGAAAUCUAAAAAUUCGCUACAAAAUAAAGGAGGGCGAAUUCAAUGUUCAUAUUGUUGGGCGGAAGAAUCUUCUCGUUGGAGGAAAGGAUAUAACGGAGUACUUAUGUGUGAAGAUUGUUUUGAAUUAGUUUUGGUUAACAACAAUACGGGAGAACCCCAAGAGAAAGAUAAAUUAUUAGUUACAAGCGAAGAUUAUUCGUACCAACCAUAUUUAACGAGAAAUUUCUGUUCUGAUAAAAAAUUCGAUGACUUUGAAUCUCAGGCCAUGUACUUAGAUAGUUAUGAACCUGUGGAGAAUCAACUAUUUUCUUUAUCUUUUGAUAGCUCCUAUUUUGACAUUCCGGGUCGUGCUCCAAGAUGGGCUACUCACAGCGGUACCGAUUAUCAUGGUACUUGGUUGCCACAAACUGUCCGCAGAGCAUUACUUCGCUUCACAAAGAAGAAUGGAAAAGUAUUAUCAAAUUUCCUAGGAAGAGGAACGGACGCUAUUGAAUCUUUUCUUCUUGGAAGGAGACUUGUUGGCGUCGACAUUAACCCAGCAGCAGUUGCUCUGUCACAACGUAAUUGCUCUUUCGCGAUACCACCGAAUAGAGACAUCACGGCCGAACAUCGACCGAUAAUACUUCAAGCUGAUUCUAGAAAUUUGACAGGACCAAUGUUUGAAGUUGAAUCUUAUGACCAUAUAUUAAGCCACCCGCCUUAUAAAAACUGUGUUGAGUAUUCAACACAUAUUGACGGUGAUUUAUCAAGAUUUGCAAACUCGAGAGAGUUUGCUAUAGAAAUGAGUAAAGUUAUUGAUGAAUCUUGGAGGCUGUUAAAGCCCGGAAGAAGAGUUACUUUAGGAAUUGGGGAUAAUCGAGAACAUUGUUUUUAUGUUCCAGUCAGUUUCAAUUUAUUCCGCCAAUACAUAGAUCAGGGAUUUGAAUUAGAAGAGCUGGUUGCAAAACGUCAGAGAUAUUGCCAAGCGUUUGGACUUGGGACAUAUCUUUGUGUACAGUAUGACUUUCUAAUGUUUACACAUGAAUUUAUUGCAACAUUUAAGAAAGUGGAUAAAGCACAUAAUAAUAGAAUGUUGGUAACACCUGAUGAGUCAACAUUAUCAGGUACAGUGAUAUUUUCAAGAAAUCUUCGAGAAAUUCCAGUCCUGCCUAUUGCACGAAAAAGUGUUGUUAUGGGUACAACUUGGACUUUUAAACCAACACGAACACAUAGUUUUGUUCAACUUUGUACUUCACGAAUGGUUGAACGAUUUGGUAGAGAUUUUGCCAACUGGGAAGAAAUUCAGAUAAAAUUUAAUAAUAUGGAGCCAAAUAAUAUAGCUAAUGACAAUUCAAGCGACAAAUUAACUAAGUUUGAAGAUCAAAUUGACAAUGAUGAAGAAGAUAUGCCAGAAUACGAGCGUAUUAGGCAAAAGAGAAUCAAAGAAAAUCAAAAAAUGUUACUUUCGUUGGGGUUAAAAUGUGACCUUGGAGAAACAUCUGAUGACAUUUCUCAUCUUGAAAAAAUAUUACACAGUAUGCCAUUACCGCCACCGGUACCAACAGCAUUAAUUGUUGUACCGCAUAUUCCCAAUAAUCUUCUCACCUCACAAAUUAUACCAAUUUACCGUACAGCAAUUAAACAUUUAGCAAAAGAAGCAUAUGAAAGAUUACCUCCAUCGGGAUUUUUUGUCAUUGGAGGGCAAGAUGUAAGAACUUCAGAUAAUAAAUUAUGGCCACUUAGUAUGCUUUUUAUGGAAGAUGUAAAUAAUUCUGUUGGAGAAGAUAAAAUGCCUUUAAAAGAACUCGUGGUAACAGUGCCUGAAGGUUAUGCCAAAGAUAAGAAAAAAAUCACAAAAAAAGAUGAUUAUAUAGAAGAACAAUGCAUUUUGGACGAAGAAGACAAAAUAGAACAUUUAUCAAUUGUUCAUGCAUGUUAUCUUAUAUUUAUGAAACUUCGAUAAUAUUGAUAGAAUAGAUAUGAUUAUUGUAUGGGUUUUUUAGCGAUGAUAAAUUGCAGACGAAAUAAUCAAAUAAAUAAUUGGUAUUUAUGUAACAUAUUUAAAAAAAAAAUAAUACUAAAUUAAAUACCAUUCCUCGAUAUUUGCCAACACCGUUGAAAAUUUGACUCUAAAUUUAAACUUUCUGUUACUAAUAAAAAUAUCGUAAUAUAUAAUGAUCCAUAAAAAAAUGCCAA